AUGCGGGAGGGGAGCGCGGGCGGCCGCGGCGCGGAGAACCGGACGGGCGCCGAGCCCCCGCUGCACCUGUUCCCCGUGCCCGUGCUCACCGGCAUCACCGUCGCCUGCGUCCUGCUCUUCGUCAUCGGGAUCGUCGGCAACCUCAUGACCAUGCUGGUGGUGUCGCGGUUCCGGGACAUGAGGACCACCACCAACUUCUACCUGUCCAGCAUGGCCUUCUCCGACCUGCUCAUCUUCCUCUGCAUGCCCCUGGACCUCUUCCGCCUCUGGCAGUACCGGCCCUGGAACUUCGGGAACCUCCUGUGCAAGCUCUUCCAGUUCAUCAGCGAGAGCUGCACCUACUCCACCAUCCUCAACAUCACGGCGCUCAGCGUGGAGCGGUACGUCGCCAUCUGCUUCCCCCUGCGAGCUAAAGUCAUCAUCACCAAGGGGAAGGUCAAGCUGGUCAUCCUCUUCCUCUGGGCCAUCUCCUUCAUCAGCGCCGGCCCCAUCUUCAUCCUGGUGGGGGUCGAGCACGAGAACGGCACGAACCCCCUGAGCACCAACGAGUGCCGAGCCACCGAGUACGCCAUCCGCUCGGGGCUGCUCACCAUCAUGGUCUGGACCUCCAGCAUCUUCUUCUUCCUGCCCGUGUUCUGCCUGACCGUGCUCUACAGCCUCAUCGGGAGGAAGCUCUGGAGGAGGAAGAGGAAGAACAUCGGUCCAAACACUGCCAUCAGGGAUAAGAACAACAAGCAAACUGUGAAAAUGUUAGUCGUGGUGGUAUUUGCGUUCAUACUCUGCUGGUUGCCUUUUCACGUAGGACGCUACUUAUUUUCCAAAUCCUUCGAAGCCGGCUCCCUGGAGAUAGCAGUGAUCAGCCAGUACUGCAACCUGGUGUCCUUUGUGCUCUUCUACCUUAGCGCAGCCAUCAACCCCAUCCUGUACAACAUCAUGUCGCGCAAGUACCGCGCGGCCGCCUGCCGCCUGCUGGGGCUGCGCGCCCUGCCCCAGCACAGCCUCUCCGGCAGCAAGCAGGGCAGCUCCCGCGGCUGGACAGAGCCCGCUGGCACCACAUGACACGCGGGGCACCCCGCGCCACCCAGCCAGCCACGGCGGCGGGGGACAGGGCAAGGAAUGGGAGCG